AUGAUGCUCUUCGAGUUGGGCGAAGACGAGUUGGAGACGCUGCUGGAGAUAUUAAAAUACAUCUUGUUUGGAACAAACGUCAUCCUAUUCUUGUUCGCGGGCUUAAUCUUCUUAACAUCUUCACUAAAUGAAGAGUCGAGGCCCUUGUCAGCUGUAGCGCUACAAAGGCGCGCAUUGAUCGUCACUGCACAUCCGGAUGACGAGAGCAUGUUUUUCUUGCCGUUGGUGCACUCAUUACAGCAGUCCCCGAAGGAUAAUAACGAUGUUUGGCAAAUUCACUUGUUGUGUCUUUCGCAAGGCAAUUUUGACGGAUUAGGAGAUGUCAGAGUGAAGGAGUUAAAAGCUAGUGCCUCAUACAUCGGGUUAUCAUCAGGUCACAUCAAUGUUCUGGAAGACUUUAAACUUCAAGACGGAAUGAUGAAGCAAUGGGAGGUGUCAUAUAUUGCUAAAAUUGUGACAAAGUAUAUAGAAGAGCACACAAUCGAUACGGUCUUUACGUUUGAUGACUAUGGCGUGUCAGGCCAUCCCAACCACAUUGCCAGCUACUAUGGUGUGAGUCAAGCUAUUCGUGAAUUGGAGCACAAGUGCAGUGCAGCGACGGCAUCAGAUAAUACGAGGAUCGUGCGAGGCUGGGCUCUUCAGAGUACUAAUAUCCUGCGUAAAUACCUGGGCGUGUUGGACAUGGCACUAUCUUAUUGGGAAUCACGUGGUACUAAACAACAUUUUGUGUUUGUUUUUCGCCCAAGAUGGAACUACAAUGCAAUGGCUCUACAUCGUAGUCAAUUUGUAUGGUACCGUCGCCUUUUCGUAAUCUUCUCUCGCUAUACAUUUAUCAACACAUUUCGGUCCAUGUCGUCGAUUGACACAAAUUCAACGGCGGCAGAGCGAAAGAAGCUACAGUAG